GUUGCGUUUUUUAACCAGAUGGUACAGGAGAAAGAUGUCUGCUCUGGACGUGCAGGAUUUCAUUCAGCAAAACCGGGCCGUGGCUGAUCAGGUGGAGACGUUUCGGGGUUACUGGGAGAGCGAGAAACACUGGGAGGCGCGGAGGGAGUUCAUCCUGAGGAACAUGAACGACUUUAAAGCAGAGCAGCUGGACCAUCUGCUGUCUCUGUCCAUGGUGUGGGCCAACAACGUCUUCAUGGGCUGCCGCUAUAGCACGGAGCUCCUGGGAAAGGUGAAGGAAAUGGCUGAAGGUAUCGUGGUGGUGGACGCACCAGUUUUCAAGACAAGAGAUGAAAUUAUGAAAAACCAGCAGGGCCGAUGACCGGACCCGUCAUCUCGGAUCAGGAUUUGUUCGUACCAACAAGGACCACGUUUUUAUGGUUUUAGAAAAACGUCUCUUUCUUUAUGGAUUUUUUUUAAUUCACGUAAAACACACAUUUUUCCAUAUUUAGAGUACGGGAGCAUCUUAUUGCAUAAAAUUUUACCUAAGAUUUAACUUUUUUUAAGCGUAGUCAAUUUUUAUGCAUAAAUGUGUAUUUACAGUGAUUCUUACACCGCAUAUUUUAACGUGUUUUAUAAGAGAUUAAAGAACCUUGUUUUUUUUCUAACAUGUUAUCCCUGGUUUGUAUAAAAUAAAAUAUUGGUAACGGGUGUCACCGAUGCAGAUUGAAGUCAGUUAAAAUCAGGCAAUGUUUAUACCAGUCUGAUAUUUAAUUAAAAUCAUUGCUGUGUUCAUGCUUGAAAACUCAGUAGAUUUCAAGUGUAGUAAAAUAAAACUACAUUUCGUGACUCGGUCACUGAACAACGUUUA